GUGCUGCUGUUAAGGAAACACUUUUGUAUUUUGUUCAAGUCUCCGUUGAGUUGAGUGUCAGUUUGUAGGUGGAUGUUCCCGUUGUUUUUCCGCCAAACGCCAGAAUACAAAAUUGGCAAUUUAAAGAAAUAAGCUGCAUUUAAAUUGGAUGCUCUUCGCUAUUGCAGCUUAGUGUUUGAGUUUGGCUGAUAUAGAACACGCAUCUACAGUAUAAAAAAUAUAAUACUCAAAUGUGACAAAUGAUACAAAAGUAUCACAUAAAAAAGAAAAUGGAAAAUGUUAAAGGUGGGUUGAAAGCUGAAAGCCUCUCACUAAAGAAGACCACAGACCAAAACACAAUCUAACAACUUCACAAAUGUUUCAAAAGUGAAGUUAAACUGAUCUUAUCAUCUCCUCCCCCUGUGUUAUCAUAGGGGCCCCUCUUUACUCUCCUUCCCCCUCUGGCAAAGGGGGCUUGUCUUAACAUUUACUGGAAAAGCUCUUAUUCAGCUUCUAUCAGAACAAUACAAACCUCUGGCUGUCACGGCUGCCCUCAUUAGAGGAGAGCGAAUGGAGAGAAGAAAACAUUUGAACAAGAUGUCUCUCACUGAUCUUUGGAUAGUGCUGCUGGGCUGUUUAGCACUUUGUCAAGCGGCACCUACCAUCGCCCCAACGGUUUCACCAGAGGACCAAGACCUUGCCGAGGGAUAUCUCUCUCAGUUCUACACUGACGUUGGGAUGGCAAACUCCUCGGUGCGAAGCAUCACCAACGACUCCUUCAGCCAGGACCUACAGGCCAUGCAGGCUUUCUUUGGCCUGGAGGUGACUGGCGUCUUGACCAAAGAGACAGUGGAGGUGAUGAAAGCACCGAGAUGUGGCGUGUCAGACAUCAGCCGAUAUGGACACUUCUAUGGAAAACCCAAAUGGAGGAAAAGGCUAAUUACAUACAGGAUCACUCGGUACACUCCAGAUCUGACCAAGAGUCAGGUGGAUGCAACCAUUGCUCGGGCCUUCCAACUCUACAGUGAUGUCAUCCCGCUGGACUUCAAACAGGUCUACACUGGCACUGCGGACAUCAUGAUCCUCUUCAAGGGCGGAAAUCACGGGGACUUUUACCCUUUUGACGGAGCGGGUGGGGUCUUGGCUCAUGCUAACUCUCCUGGACAGGGUCAGGGGGGGGACACACACUUUGACGAUGAUGAAACUUGGACUCUUACCCAGAGAGGUGUGAAUCUGCUGUUGGUGGCGGCACACGAGUUUGGCCACGCUCUGGGCCUGGAUCACUCCAGGGACAGACGUGCACUGAUGUACCCCACCUAUCAAUAUGUCAACACACACGGGUACAGGCUGCCGGACGAUGACAGGCGUGGGGUCCAAGCCCUUUACGGAAGCCGUACACCAGUGCCCACAACUGAACCAAAACCAAAACCACCUCCUGGUCCAAAACCUGAGCCAGAGCCAGAGGAGCCAACAGAAAAACCAGACUCAGACCCGCAGCCCAACCCCCGAGAUGAGCAGUGCAGCCGCGGGCUGGUGUUUGACGCUGCUACCUCCAUCAGUGGAGACCUGUACUUCUUUAAAAACGGAUACUACUGGAGAAAGAGUUCAGCUUUCCAAGGAAUCCGUUUCACUAAAGUGGGCACAAAAUGGCCUGGGAUCAGCUAUGUUGAUGCUGCCUUUGAAGUCCCACACAGCAAUGUGGUUUAUCUGUUUGAAGGUCAACAAUACUGGGGCAUAAGGGCUUAUGCCAAGACAAUAUUGUCAGGCUAUCCAAAGCCUAUCACCAACCUCGGCCUCCCAUCCUCGGUCAGUAAGGUUGAUGCAGCCGUUUAUGUGCCAACUACCAGAAAAACGCUAAUUUUUGUGAAUAACCAGUAUUGGAGCUAUGAUGAGAGCAGAAACCAAAUGGACUUUGGAUACCCGCGAUAUAUCACUUGGGAUUUCCCUGGCAUUGGCUCCAAAGUAGAUGCAGCCUUUGAGAAUUAUGGAUAUCUAUAUUUCUCAGAUGGCGCCAGACAGAGUGAAUACUACCUGCCACACAAGAGAGUGAUGCGUGUACUGCUCAACUACGGCUGGCUCAACUGUUACUGAGACACAACUGGUCUAUGCCCUAAAUGUAACUGCAGUUGGCAUGCAUUUCAUGAAUGAGUCUUGUGAAUAACACAAUUUUUUUUUUUUUGUGAUGUGGAGAACAGUUCUUAGAGACAGAUGCUGUUUCAUAGUCUAACUACUGCUUGAGUGCUGACGAAUAGCAAAUAAGUCAAACUGAGCCAAAGGUCAGUGAAUGUUUAUCAUUUGAUCAAUUCUGUAAAUAAUCUUUGACCUGUUUUAAAAUGCUUCUGGUUCAUUUUUUUGGGUAGGGGAACUUGCAAAGGAAUGUGCUGAUGGUGAAUGUAUUCGCUAGGAGAUGUUUACUCAUGUUAGUGAUGCUAAAUUGCACAACUUUGGGUGUAAAACAAGGGGUUUAAAGUUGUCCUCUGAACACAUCCCAGGGUUACAAUUAAAUGUUAAAAUGGAGUUAUGCAAAAGCUCCCCUGCAAUUCCACUCUCCCCUUUAGCCAUAAUAUGGCCCAACAUGCAGGAUUUUCUUAUUUGAAUAUACCAACUUUGGUUACACAGUAAAAAAAAAAAAAAA